AUGGCCGGAUCCACGACAACCGCUGAGUCCUACUCCGAGGACCCCAGUCGCCAUGAGGUGUUCGUCAUGGGGUACGACCCAGAUGAGCCCGAGGAAGUAAAUGCACUGGAAUUUAGACAGGUUCGGGCCGCAUGUUACAGGUUGUUUGCGAAUACCCAAGUAGAGAGUUAUAUGCACAUGGACUUGGGUGCGGAGUCUGAACUUGAUAGCAUCAAGAAAUUGUCAAAGGAGUAUGCUGAAGCCAAGGAAUUGGCCUUUGCAGAGGCAAGCCAACCCAUCGAUGUUGUAGAUGCCGAGCACGUCCUUCAGAAUGACAAACUGUUGGGUAACAGAGUAGAUGAAGUUGUCAAAGAAUGGGAUGCCCAGAAGGAAGUGUUCUAUGAGAGAACAGGAUUAUCCCGUGGCAAUGAGCUCGCGGUGAUUGGAAAUGAUGAAUCGGGAGCACUCCAUCAUGAAGACGACGGCUUUGAUCAGAUAACACAGCUGCUGCUAGAGUGA